AUGGAUAAGGUUAUGAAGGCGCUACAAGAUGAUGAGGUCACUGUCGUAGGAGUCUAUGGAAUGGGAGGUAUCGGAAAGACGACCAUGGUGGAACAUGUCGGUGCACAAGCCUGCAAUACUGGGCUUUUUGAUCAUGUUAUUAUGGCCGUUGUAUCCCAAAGCCCUGACUUCAGAAAAAUUCAAGGCACAUUGGCAGAUCUGUUGGAAUUGAAAUUAGAGGGGGAGACAGAAGUUGGAAGAGCUCGUAUAUUACAGAAGGAGAUAAUUAGUAGAAAUAAGAUCCUUAUAAUCUUGGACGACAUUUGGGAGAUGAUAGACUUGUCAAGAAUAGGAAUUCCUAGCUAUGGCCAGCUCCAAAGACGCAAUUCCAAAGUCCUUCUCACCACAAGGAGAUUUAAUGUCUGUCAUUCCAUGGAGAGCCAGUCAAGCAUCCCUCUCAAUAUCUUAUCAGAAGAAGAUUCUUGGAAAUUGUUUGUGAAGAAAGCAAGAAAGUCUUUUGAAAAUUCGACUAAUUUCUAUGAUAUUGCAAGGAAGGUAGCAAGAGAAUGUGCUGGUCUACCAGUUGCGUUGAUAGCAGUUGCGAGGGCACUUGGAGAUAAAGAUUUGGAUGAAUGGAAGGAAGCAGCUCGACGACUGAAGGCUUCUCAACCUGUCCACCCUGAAGAUGGGAGAGUUGUGUUGAAAUGUAUAAAAUUAAGCUAUGAUUACUUGAGAUCUGAUGAUGCCAGAUCAUGCUUCUUACUUUGCUGCCUAUUCCCAGAGGAUUAUGAUAUCCCAAUUGAGGACUUGCUGGGGUAUGGGUUCGGGAAAGGAUUAUUUCAACAUUGCAACACAUUGCAAGAAGCCAGAGCCACUGCUUAUUCAGAGGUCAAGUACCUUAAAGCUUCUAGCUUGCUUUUGGCGGGUAAAUAUGACGAACAGGUUAGGAUGCAUGAUGUCAUUCGGGAUAUGGCCAUACUAAUUUCGUUCUCUGAAGACGGCCAACAUUUUUUUGUCAAAGCUGGUUGUGAACUAAAGAAUUGGCCAAAGAUCAAUACACAGAAUGGCUACUCUGCAAUCUCACUGAUGUGGAAUGAAAUCCGCAAGCUACCCGAAGAGUUGGUAUGUCCAAAACUUCAAAUUUUAUCAGUAAGGCAUAAUGUUGAUUUAAAUGAGAUCCCAGAACCCUUUUUCUCAUGUCCGAGUGCAUUAAGGGUCUUAGAUCUCAGUGACACUAGUAUUUUUCUACUACCCCAAUCAUUUAGUCUCUUAACCAACCUCCAAGCUUUGUAUUUAGAUUUCUGCGAGAAAAUAAUUGAUAUUUCCGUACUUGGACAGCUUAAGAAGCUUGAGAUUCUUAGUAUGAAAGAAUAUCCUCUCAAAGAAUUGUCGAGAGAAAUAGGACGUUUGACCAAUCUAAGGAAGUUGGAUGUCAGUUUUGAUAGUUCCCGGUUUGGAGCUAUUGUCACAAUUCCAUCUGAAGUUAUAUCAAAGUUACGUAGAUUGGAAGAACUGUACAUGCUGUACUGUGGAUUUUGGUAUUGGGGGAGUAAAGUUAAGGGAGAAGAAGGAACUAAUAUUGACUUUGAUGAGAUAACUGGCUUAUCAUACUUGAACAUAUUGACGGUUUGCAUAUCUGAUGCAGAAUGCAUCCCUAAAACUGUUGAGUUGGAUCCAAAUUGGGUGUACUUUGAUAUAUGUAUCAGCAGAGGCAGAAGAAUGGUACCUAGCCAGUCUCAUUAUGGUCAUAAUUUAAGAUCUUUGAUUCUUGACAAACCCAUCAAUACCUUACCUUAUUGGUUUGUCAACGUGGUGACAAAGAAAUCGGAGAAGCUAGAGUAUGAAGACUGCAGGGAUUUGAAUAACAUUCUUGAGGAACAUGACCAUGGGAUGUUACAUGGACUGAAGCAUCUCUCUGUAAGUGGUCCUUGUAAGAAGUUGCAAGAGUUGAUGAACACGAUAACAUGGGUUCCAAAUAAACCUGUGUUCGAGAACUUGGAGGAGUUGCACCUGUAUAGACUGGAUUGCCUGAAGGAGUUAUGUGUUGGUGAAUUACUACCUGGGUCUCUAAUCAAUUUGAAGGAUGUGAAGGGUUUGAGGCAGAACAAUCAAAUUUAA